AAUAAUAUAUUUAACAUAUGUGUAUAUAUAUAUUUUUUUUAGUUAGGUCUUUACAAUUAUUUUUUACUUUAUUUUUCUAUUCAAUGAAAAAGAAAUUUUAGGCAAAAAAUAAGUUGAAAAGAAAAAAAAGAAAAGGAUUGCAGAUAAACAAGAUUUUCUGUCCCAUUCAUUUUUAAAUACAUACAUAUUCUAUCCAAUCUGGUGUAUAUUUUGUGGUGAAGACACGUUUGGACUAGAGAUUGCAAAUCAGACAAGGAUGGUGCUUGCACCGUUACCACCACCCUCCCUUCCCCACUAUUUUCCUUUACCCCUUCUCUUCGAAACUAACAGUUAACGGCACAGAAGUGGAAUGCAUUUAUAACGAAAAACGACAGUGACUUGAGAGUAAGAAGAAAACGGAUGAUCUUCGUGCAUCGUGCAAGUGCAACGAAGUUAGUAAAUAUAUCGUUAAAAAAUGGUGCAUAAAUAAACAUGUAUAAACUUAUAUAUAUAUAGAAAUUCAAUUAAAUUUCAAAACAUUAAUUAUAAAUAUUCAAGUUGAUUUUUUUAUUAAAUUAUAAUUCUUUAUACUGCAUUUAUUAAAUUUGAAAAAUAUUUGACAAAUUAAUAAUAUUUGCAUGCAUUAUAUUUGGUGAUGGUUUGAGUUUCGAAGAAAGUGAGAAAGGGGAAUAAAUUUUGUAGGUCACUCAAUUUUCUUUCAUGUUUUAAAAAUAGAAUGUUUCGUUUCGUUCAUUGUAAAAAUGUACAUAUUUUUAAACUUACAAAUGCAUUUAAAUCUUAUAGAUAUGCAAAACUUGUUAUCGUAUUGCUACUAGUUCUAUAAUUUUUUGUUCUACCUGGUGAAAAAAUUAUGAAAUAAGAAAAAUUGUUAAAUAAUAAAAUUUUGUAUUUUUUUUAUAGUAAGAAAGAAAAAAGAUUCAAAGAGAAUAAUUUAUAUAACAUAUCAUUCAUAUGUAUAUAUGUGUAUACACAUACAUACAUUAUUAUUUAUUGUAUAAUAUACAUUCUACGCAUGUAACCCGUUUACUUCCGGAAAAAUAGAAAAAAAAAUAUAUAUAUAUAUAUAUAAGAAAGUGAAGAGAACGUUGAAAUCGUCCUUCAUUUAAUCGUAUACCUAACCGAUUUCAAUUCAACGAAUUCAAAGUAAUUUUCUUUAGAUCGAUCAAAACGAAGUUCGGCAAACUAAUUACAAUAUAAUUGAAAGAUCUGAAUUAUUUGCAAUUUUAAAAAUGAAAGAUAAAUGAAUAUAUUUUCAAUAUACCAGUCGAUGAUAAUGAAAGUGAUUUAACAGAAAUCAUUUGAAUUAUUAAAACACAUAUUUUUUUAUACGCUGUUCUUAAAAUUUAAGAAUCUAUCUAAAAGAAUUAUUUUUUAAAAAUAAAUAUAUUUGCUUUUUCUAUGUUAGUCAUUGUUUAUAUACAAAUUAUUUCUUAAAUAAUUCCAAUCCGAAUGUCAAAAUAUGUCGAAACGAUUUACGAUUAACGAUUACGUACAAUUUACGAUCACAGUAAAUCAAUCAAAAAAAAUGUUUUUCAAAAAAAGUUAGUUGAAAACGUAUUUUACAGAUUGAAUUCGAUGAGCGAAAUGAGCGUUCAAGGGUUCUACACGAGCAAGCCUGAUUCAUUAUCGAUUAUGAAAAAGGAUAUUUUCGAAGUUGUUCUUUAGGAAAGAUAGAAAAUCCAAGGACUCAAGAUCUGGAUCGUUUUGGAUUUUAUCAAGUGACGAUGUAUGCAAUACUCAGCAUACCAUUAUUAUUCUCAGCUGGUUUUGCGUUAUUAUAUGUUUUCACUGCAGGCGAAGUUAAAUACAGAUGUCUCGUUCCGGAAUGUGAAAAUUCUUCGAACACUGUAUUCAAUCCACCAUGGAUUUUAGACUCUGCUCCGAAGGUAGAUGGAACAUUGGCGACAUGUACACGUUAUGUUAUAAAUGAAAACUCUGGAACGUGUUCGUCUGUUUCCUUUAAAAAUAUCACUCGAAAUUGUGAUGCAUGGUUCUAUGAUCCCAACGAACGUACCAUACUUAACGAGUGGAACUUUACUUGUGAUAAUAAUCGAUGGAAGCUGACUUUGGUCGGUACGAUUAACAACGUCGGACAAUUAGUUGGCCUGACCUUUGCUGGAUAUAUUUCUGAUAAAUACGGAAGACGAACGAUAUUAACCGGCGCAACUUUUAUCAGUGGAAUUAGCGGUUUGAUUCAUUCAUUUUCUGUUAAUUAUUGGAUGUUCGUUGCAUUCGAAUUUAUGGAUGCUGUUGCAGGAGCUGGAAUUUAUAGCGCUGGUUUUAUCUUAGGAAUGGAGUUAACUGGAGCUAAAAAUAGAGUCUUAGGGAACACUAUAACAAAUUGCAUGUUUGCUUUCGGUGAAAUCAUUUUAGGUUUAAUUGCUAUGUGGUUAAGAUCUUGGCGAACGCUUUUACGUGUCAUUUAUGGUCCAGCUUUGUUAGCUAUAUUCCUUCCUUAUACUAUACCAGAAUCUGUCAGAUGGUUAAUGGCGAAUGGUAAAAGUGAAGAAGUUGAACGAGUAUAUCGUAAAAUGGCAGAAAUGAAUGGCUUAGAGAUUUCAGAUGAAACUAUUCGAAUAUUCAAAGAAUUAAAUGUCAUCGAACCCGCGAAUAAAGAAUCAUUAGAUCAGAAGACAAACGAAAAGAGACCAAUCGAACAAGUUCUUCACAGUUCCAUCAUCAUGAUUCGUUUACUCAUUUGCUCCUUUUGUUGGUUAACAAAUACUUUUAUUUAUUACGGCCUAUCUUUAAAUUCGGUAGCAUUUGCAGGUGAUAAAUACGUGAAUUUUAUACUAGUUGCCGUUGUUGAAAUACCAGCACAUUUUCUUACCUGGCUGUUAACCGAUUAUAUUGGUCGUAAAGCGACGCUUUCCGGAUCAUUUAUUUUCAGUGGACUUUUUUGUCUUGCUAUUCAGUUCAUACCAUCAGAAGGCUGGUUAUAUGCUCCUUUAAUUUUAUACAUGGGUGGAAAAUGGUGCAUCACUAUGUCUUUUUCAACGAUCUAUCUGUACACAGCAGAAAUGUUUCCAACAAAUUUGCGACAUUCAUUGCUUGGGAUUUGCAGUAUGACAGGUCGGAUAGGUUCCAUAUUAGCACCUCAAACUCCACUCUUGAUGCAAAUUUUACCUGAAUUACCAUUGGUUAUCUUUGGAUGCAUGGCUAUUUUGGCAGGCAUUUUCUCUCUUAUUUUCCCUGAAACUUUGGGAACAAAACUUCCAGAUACCGUAUGGGAAGCAGAAAAUAUUGGUAAAAUGAAACUUCAUACUCGUUCGCAGGAACUACCAUCCUAAAAUAAAAAAUAUAAAUUAUGUUACGAGAGAGAGAGAGAGAGAGAGAGAGAGAGAGAAAGUGAGAAAGAGAAUCAUAUCUUUGAACAUAAGUGAAUCUAUGUUUUAAAUUUAUGUAGUUGUAUAAUAUAGUUAUAAAAUUAGAUUCAGAAUUGAUAUUCUGAUUUAGUUGCCAUUUCAUAUACAUUCGAAAAAAUAAUUAUUGUUACCUCUGUAUUUAAGAAUUAUGCACUGCCUUAUAAAACAUAAUAAAGUAAUUAAUAUAUAAAAAUUAAUAUACAAUAAAAAAUAUUAUGUGAAUAAAAAA